AUGGUGAGCCCGGGGUGGCCGCUCCCCGCGGGGACACGGCAGGCGAUCUCUCUGCUCAGCCUCCUACUGCUGAUGCUGCUACUGCCGCCGCGGGGCACCGGGGCGCAGAAAGGUGAUGGAUGUGGACACACAAUUUUGGGCCCUGAAAGUGGAACUCUUGCUUCAAUAAAUUACCCCCAGACCUCUCCCAACAGCACAGUUUGUGAAUGGGAAAUCCGUGUGAAGCCUGGGCAGCGAAUUCAGCUCAAAUUUGGUGACUUUGAUAUUGAUGACUCAGAUUCCUGUCAUUCCAGUUACUUAAGAGUUCACAAUGGGAUUGGCCCCACCAGGACAGAGAUAGGAAAAUACUGUGGGUUUGGCUUUCAAAUGGAUGGUUUAAUUACUUCAAAAAGUAAUGAAGUCACAGUGCAGUUCAUGAGUGGAAUGCACACUUCUGGACGUGGAUUUCUUGCAGCUUAUUCAACCACUGACAAAUCAGACCUAAUUACCUGCUUAGAAAAUGCAAGCCACUUUUCUGAACCAGAAUUCAAUAAGUAUUGUCCAGCUGGAUGUGUGAUUCCUUUUGCUGAUAUUUCAGGCACUAUUCCCCAUGGAUACAGAGAUUCAUCAUCCCUUUGUAUGGCUGGAAUUCAUGCAGGCGUCGUGUCAAAUACGCUGGGUGGCCAAAUUAAUGUUGUAAUCAGCAAGGGCAUUCCGUACUAUGAAGGCUCCCUGGCUAACAAUGUCACCUCAAAAGUGGGACCGCUAUCGCCAAGUCUCUUCACGUUCAAGACUAGUGGUUGCUAUGGGACACUGGGGAUGGAAUCUGGGGUAAUUCCCGAUUCCCAGAUCACAGCAUCAUCUAUUCUUGAGUGGUCUGACCAAACAGGACAAGUGAACAUUUGGAAACCUGAAAAUGCCAGACUAAAAAGGGCUGGUCCUCCUUGGGCUGCGUUUAUCAGUGAUGAACAUCAGUGGCUGCAGAUUGACUUGAAUAAAGAAAAAAGAAUAACAGGUAUUAUAACUACUGGAUCAACCUUAGCAGAGUACUACUAUUAUGUCUCAGCCUACAGAAUUUUAUACAGUGAUGAUGCACAGAAAUGGAUGGUGUACAGAGAACCUGGCAUGGAUAAAGAUAAGAUAUUUCAAGGGAACACUGAAUUGUACCAGGAAGUUCGCAAUAAUUUCAUUCCACCUAUUAUUGCACGUUUUUUUAGGAUUAACCCCUUAAAAUGGCACCAGAAAAUUGCAAUGAAAAUAGAAUUGCUAGGAUGUCAGUUUAGCAUAGCCCGUGCUCCUAAAAUCACCAUGCCACCACCAGCACCACCACCUCGGAACAGGAAUGACGACAGGAAUGAUGACUCCAGUGAUGAUUCAGUGAAGACUUCAUUGCAGACAGAUAAAACUACUUUCACACCUGAAAUAAAAAACACCACAGUGACUCCGAGUGUAACCAAAGAUGUGGCAUUGGCAGCAGUUCUGGUUCCAGUGCUGGUGAUGGUCUUCACUACUCUGAUUCUUAUCUUAGUUUGUGCCUGGCAUUGGAGAAACCGCAAGAAAAAGACAGAGGGCACUUAUGAUCUACCUUACUGGGAUCGUGCAGGAUGGUGGAAAGGAAUGAAGCAGUUUCUCCCAACCAAAUCAGCAGAACAUGAAGAAACUCCUGUGCGCUACAGCAGCAAUGAGAUUAGUCACCUGAGACCAAGAGAAGUCCCAGCAAUGCUGCAAACAGAGUCUGCAGAGUAUGCCCAGCCUUUGGUAGGGGGGAUUGUCAGCACGCUUCAUCAGAGAUCAACCUUUAAACCAGAGGAAGGAAAAGAAGCAAGUUACGCUGAUUUGGACCCAUACAAUUCGCCCAUACAAGAAGUUUACCAUGCUUAUGCUGAACCACUACCUGUAACCGGACCAGAAUACGCAACUCCAAUCAUCAUGGACAUGUCCAGUCAUCCCAGCACACCUCUUGGCAUUCCUUCCAUUUCCACUUUCAAAGCUGCAGGGAACCAAGCUCCUCCAGUGGCUGGAACUUACAAUAAACUCUUGUCUAGGACAGACAGCACAUCAUCAGCACAGGCACAGUAUGAUACCCCAAAGGGGCAGCCAGGGCCAGCUGCUGCUGACGAAUUGCUGUACCAGGUACCGCAGAGCCUGCCCCAUUCCACAGGGAGUCAGGAUGAACUCAGCUCAUGA